AUCCUUAUCAUCACUAUCCAAUAACGGAGUACCAAAAUAGCGGUGACUCAAUGGACAUUUUCUCUGUCAUGACGAUGGUUGCUUGCAUGCUUCCCUCUCUCAGAAUUUCCGUAGCAAAUGAUUCUAUUAACGUGUCCAAGUCCAUGACUGAUGGGGAGAGCUUGGUGUCAAAAGGUGGAAAGUUUGAACUAGGGUUUUUCAGCCCUGGUAAUUCUCAGAAACGUUACUUGGGAAUUUGGUACAAGAAUGUCCCAAACCAGACAGUUGUUUGGGUUGCUAAUAGGGAAAACCCCAUCAAUGAUUCCUCAGGCAUCUUAACACUCAACACCACAGGGAAUCUUGUUCUCACCCAAAACAAGUCUCUUGUUUGGUACACAAACAACUCUCACAACCAAGCACAGAAUCCGGUGGCAGUGCUCUUGGAAAGUGGCAAUCUUGUCAUAAGAAAUGAGGGAGAAACAAACCCAGAAGCGUAUUUGUGGCAAAGCUUUGACUAUCCAUCUGAUACAUUCCUGCCAGGAAUGAAGUUGGGAUGGAAUCUCCGAACGGGUCAUGAAUGGAAACUAACAGCUUGGAAGAGUCCAGAUGAUCCAUCCCCAGGAGACGUUUAUCGGGUUUUCAAACUCUAUAACUAUCCUGAGCUUUAUGUAAUGAAAAAAACAAAAAAGUUAUACCGAUUUGGACCUUGGAAUGGCUUAUAUUUUAGCGGAAUGUCUGAUCUACAGAACAACACCGUGCAUAGCUUCUAUUAUGUCAGCAAUAAAGACGAGAUAUACUACGCGUAUAGCCUUGCAAAUGAUUCUGUCAUCGUCAGAUCUGUAACAGACCAAACUACAAGUACAGUUUAUCGUUAUAAAUGGGUUGUGGGUGAACAAAAUUGGAGGCUAUCCAGAUCCUUCCCUACAGAGUUUUGUGACACUUAUAGCGUCUGCGGAGCCUACGGGAAUUGCGUAAGUAGUACUCAACCUCAAGCCUGCAAUUGUUUGAAAGGUUUCAGUCCAAAUUCUCCACAAGCAUGGAAAUCUUCGUAUUGGAGUGGCGGAUGUGUACGCAAUAAACCAUUGAUCUGCGAAGAAAAACUAUCAGAUGGGUUUGUCAAAUUUAAAGGCCUGAAAGUUCCAGAUACUACACAUACUUGGUUGAAUGAGAGUAUUGGUCUAGAGGAAUGUCGAGUGAAGUGCUUGAGUAAUUGUUCUUGUAUGGCCUUUGCUAAUUCAGAUAUAAGAGGUGAAGGUAGUGGCUGUGUCAUGUGGUUUGGAGAUCUCAUUGACAUGAAACAACUUCAAACUGAUGGCCAAGAUCUAUAUAUCAGGAUGCAUGCAUCAGAGUUAGAUAGGCACAAGAAGAACAUGCCAGUAGUAGCUGCUUUCACCAGUGCUGCAAUUUGUGGGGUUCUAUUACUAAGUUCUUAUUUUUUCUGCAGAAGCCGGAGGAGGAACAAUGCUGCAACCAAUUGUUGGAAGGACAAGAGUGAGAAGGAUGACAACAUGGAUUUACAAGCAUUUGAUUUUCCAUCCAUCUCUAAUGCCACAAAUCAAUUUUCAGAAAGUAACAAAUUAGGACAAGGUGGUUUUGGACCAGUGUACAAGGGCAUGUUACCAAAUGGGCAAGAGAUUGCAGUUAAGAGGCUUUCAAAUAUUUGUGGACAAGGAUUGGACGAGUUCAAAAACGAAGUCAUGUUAAUUGCAAAACUUCAACACCGUAAUCUAGUAACACUCGUUGGUUGUUCUAUUCAGCAAGAUGAGAAGUUGUUGAUUUAUGAAUUCAUGCCAAAUAGAAGCUUGGACUACUUUAUUUUUGAUUCAGCAAGGCGUGCAUUAUUAGGAUGGGCUAAACGACUUGAAAUUAUUGGUGGAAUUGCUCGAGGACUUCUUUAUCUUCAUCAAGACUCUAAACUAAAGAUCAUUCACAGGGAUCUCAAAACCAGUAAUGUUCUACUUGAUAGUAAUAUGAACCCAAAAAUAUCAGAUUUUGGUAUGGCUAGGACAUUUGAGCUAGAUCAAGAUGAAGAAAAUACGACUAGAAUUAUGGGAACAUACGGUUAUAUGUCUCCUGAAUAUGCUGUACAUGGAUCUUUUUCAGUCAAAUCUGAUGUUUAUAGCUUUGGUGUGAUUAUAUUGGAGAUAAUCAGCGGGAGAAAGAUCAAGGAAUUUAUUGACCCACAUCAUGACCUAAAUCUUCUUGGGCAUGUAGGUCUAUAAAAAAAUCAA